CAGGGAGGGAGGGGUGGUGAACCCCGGGCUGGUGAUGGACGAGGGCCCGGACCUGGUGACGGUGGAAAAGCCCGCUCCUCUGGAGAGGGCGAACUCGGCCUGGACGAGGAGGCAGCAGGCCGUGUCCGUGCGGCGGGCCUUCAAGCACUACGGCUCCUCCCAGAACCCCAACCACGUCCUCUCCAACCUCAACAUGACCGUCGCCAAGGGGACCAUAUAUGGCCUCCUGGGUGCCAGCGGUUGUGGUAAGACGACUCUCCUCAGCUGUAUCGUUGGGAGGAGAAGACUCAAUACCGGAGAGAUCUUUGUACUUGGAGGGAAACCUGGGACGAAGGGCAGUGGAGUUCCAGGGAAAAGAGUGGGCUACAUGCCACAGGAAAUUGCACUGUAUGGUGAAUUUUCCAUUAAAGAAACAAUGAUGUACUUUGGUUGGAUCUUCGGUAUGGAGACCCCUGAAAUAAACGAUCGCCUACAAUUUCUUCUCAAUUUUCUGGAUUUGCCAAGUCAAAGCCGUUUGGUUAAAAACCUCAGCGGUGGCCAACAGAGGAGGGUAUCCUUUGCCGUCGCUCUGAUGCACGACCCAGAGCUCCUAAUUUUGGACGAGCCCACUGUCGGAGUUGACCCACUUCUACGACAAAGUAUUUGGAACCAUCUCGUACAAAUUACUAAAGAUGGCAACAAGACCGUAAUUAUCACAACUCACUAUAUUGAAGAAGCAAGGCAAGCUCAUACCAUUGGGUUGAUGAGGAGCGGCAGGUUGCUGGCAGAAGAAUCUCCUCAAGUUCUUCUUUCCAUGUACAACUGCCAAAGCCUCGAGGAGGUAUUUUUAAAAUUGAGUCGAAAGCAGGGACAGGAAAAUUCUCCCCAAGAUGCAAAUUUAACGAACAACAUCUCGCUGGCAACGCUCCAUUGGGGUAAGAAAGAAGAACCUGUGUACGUAACCGAGGAAAGUGGAGUCGUCGGCUUAAAUUUUCACCAAAGCAAGGAGAUACUGAUUCAAGACAACACUAACGGGCAUUAUGAUAGAAUGAAUGGAGUAGCAGUGGCGCAGGGUUCAAAAGACGACAGCGUACAAUGUGACGAGUGCUCCGAGUGCUGUAAUCUUACAACCAAGGGAAAAACAAAGGCACUUCUUCAGAAGAAUUUCUUGAGAAUGUGGAGAAAUGUUGGAGUGAUGCUGUUUAUAUUCGCUUUACCGGUAAUGCAAGUCAUACUGUUCUGCCUCGCUAUUGGUCGAGAUCCAACAGGCCUUCACCUCGCCAUUGUCAACCAGGAAAUGGACUGGAGUUCCAGAAAUUGUCCCGUCUACAAUAAUUGUACUUUCCAGUAUUUGUCAUGUCGAUACAUUAACGCUUUGCGGAAUGAUACUAUUAUAAAAGAAUAUUAUGAGACCCCCGAGAGUGCGAUAAAUGCAGUUAAAGUAGGCGAUGCUUGGGGAGCGAUAUACUUCACCGACAACUUCACGGACGCACUCGUGGCUAGGAUGGCACUCGGCAGGGAUUCUGAUGACGAAAUUCUUGACCAGAGUGAAAUGAGAGUAUGGCUGGAUAUGUCAAAUCAACAGAUUGGCUUAAUGUUGAACAGAGAUUUACAAGUUGCGUAUAAAAACUUUGCCCAAAAACUGCUAACAGCGUGUGGAAAUAAUCCAAAACUAGCGGACAUACCAAUUCAGUUCAAGGAACCAAUUUAUGGAAGUAAUGAACCUAGCUUUACAGACUUUGUUGCACCUGGUGUAAUUCUUACAAUUGUAUUUUUCUUGGCUGUCGCAUUAACCUCGUCUGCUCUUAUCAUCGAGAGGAUGGAAGGACUUUUGGAUAGAAGUUGGGUCGCAGGUGUUCUCCCGCAUGAAAUAUUGUUCUCUCACGUGAUAUGCCAGUUCGUCGUCAUGUGCGGGCAGACCGCACUUGUUCUUAUAUUCAUGAUCCUCGUGUUCGGGGUCGAAUGCAAAGGGGACAUUUUCUUGGUUAUAUGCCUCACGAUUCUUCAAGGUCUCUGUGGGAUGUGUUUCGGUUUUGUUAUAUCAGCAGUGUGUGAAUUGGAAAGAAACGCAAUACAGCUUGCUUUGGGCAGUUUUUACCCGACAUUACUUCUCAGCGGGAAUGCCAAUUGUGCUGAGGUAUAUCUCGGCCUGCCUGCCAUUGACGAUGGCUACCACAUCGUUGCGGUCGAUGCUCACCAGGGGCUGGAAUCUCCUCGAGACAGACGUCUACCUCGGCUUCAUCUCGACCAUCAUAUGGAUUGUCGCCUUCCUCACGAUAUCGCUCCUUGUACUCAAGUUCAAGCGGGGUUAAACUAG